CGGUGCGGGCGGACAGAGGCCGCAGUCCGGGCGGGCUGCAUGGCGCCAGUGGCGUCCGCUUGAGCGCUUGGCGCGGGCAGCGUUGGGCGGGCGGCCUGAGCCGCUGCUCUUUCUCUCUCGCCAUGGGGGACGUGCUGUCCACGCACCUGGACGACGCCCGGCGCCAGCACAUCGCAGAGAAAACUGGGAAGAUCCUGAAUGAGUUCCUGCAUUUCUAUGAAGAGCAGUAUGGCGUGGCCCUGUUCCAUAGCAUGCGCCAUGAGAUCGAGGCCACCGGCCCGCCGCAGUCCCAGCUCCUAUGGCGCAAGGUGCCGCUGGAAGAACGAAUUAUCUUCUCAGGAAACCUCUUUCAAUACCAGGAGGACAAUAAGAAGUGGAGAAACCGCUUCAGCCUGGUACCCCACAACUAUGGACUGAUCCUCUACGAGAACAAAGUGGCCUAUGAGCGCCAGAUCCCGCCUCGGGCCAUCAUCAACAGUGCAGGCUACAGGAUUCUCACCUCCGUGGACCAGUACCUGGAGCUGGUUGGCAACUCCUUACCAGGGGUCACCUCCAAAGCAGGCAGUGCACCCAUCCUCAAGUGCCCCACGCAGUUUCCGAUCAUCAUGUGGCACCCAUCAGCACGGCAUUACUACUUUUGCAUGAUGACGGAGGCCGAGCAGGACAAGUGGCAGGCAGUGCUGCGUGAUUGCAUCCGCCACUGCAACAACGGGAUCCCCGAAGAGUCCAAAGUGGAGGGGCCUGCGUUCACAGACGCCAUCCGCAUGUACCGCCAGUCCAAGGAGCAGUACGGCACAUGGGAAAUGCUGUGUGGAAACGAGGUGCAGAUCCUGAGCAACCUGGUGAUGGAGGAGCUGGGCCCUGAGCUGAAGGCCGAGCUGGGCCCACGGCUGAAGGGGAAACCCCAGGAGCGCCAGCGCCAAUGGAUCCAGAUCUCUGAUGCAGUCUACCGCAUGGUAUAUGAGCAGGCCAAGGAGCGCUUUGAGGAGGUGCUGGCCCAGCUGCAGCGGGCGCGGCCGGCUAUGGAGGCGGUGAUCCGCACCGACAUGGACCAGAUCAUCACCUCCAAGGAACACCUGGCCAGCAAGAUCCGAGCCUUCAUCCUGCCCAAGGCGGAAGUGUGCGUGCGCAAUCACGUGCAGCCCUACCUGCCGUCCAUCCUGGAGGCCCUCAUGGUACCCACCAGCCAGGGCUUCACUGAGGUCCGGGAUGUGCUGUUUAAGGAGGUGACAGACAUGAAUCUCAACAUCAUCAAUGAGGGCGGCAUCGACAAGCUGGGCGAGUACAUGGAGAAGCUGUCCCAGCUGGCCUUCCACCCACUCAAGAUGCAGAGCUGCUAUGAGAAGAUGGAGCCGCUGAGGCUGGAUGGGCUGCAGCAGCGCUUCGACGUGUGCAGCACCGCUGUGUUCAAGCAGCGUGCACAGAUCCACAUGCGUGAGCAAAUGGACAACGCCGUGUACACCUUCGAGACACUGCUGCACCAGGAGCUGGGCAAGGGCCCCACCAAAGAGGAGCUGUGCAAAUCUAUCCAGCGCAUCCUGGAGCGGGUGCUGAAGAAGUACGACUAUGACAGCAGCACCGUGCGGAAGCGUUUCUUCCGGGAGGCCCUGCUGCAGAUCACCAUCCCCUUCCUGCUCAAGAAGCUGGCACCCACCUGCAAGUCGGAGCUGCCCCGCUUCCAGGAGCUGAUCUUUGAGGACUUUGCCAAGUUCAUCUUGGUGGAGAACACAUAUGAGGAGGUGGUGCUGCAGACAGUCAUGAAGGACAUCCUGCAAGCCGUGAAGGAAGCCGCGGUGCAGCGGAAGCACAACCUGUACCGGGACAGCAUGGUCAUGCACAACAGCGACCCCAACCUGCACCUGCUGGCCGAGGGCGCCCCCAUUGACUGGGGCGAGGAGUACGGGGGUGGCGGGGACGACACCGGCAGCCCUGGCUCCCCGGAGAAGCGACGCCGCGCGAAGCAUGUGGUGUCAGUGGUGCAGGAGGAGGAAAAUGCGCCGCUGUCCUUGGAGGCCAGCCCAGAACCCCUGUCGCCGGCGUCCCCAGACAGUGCCACAGAGGUCCGGGCGGCGUCUCCGGACAGUGUCACAGAGAUCCGAGGGUUGCUGGCCCAGGAUCAGAGGGUUGAGAGCUCCCUGCCGGUUGCUGAGCCCCUGCUUAAUGGGGCUCCCACACAGGAGAAUCCACAGCCCGAGGGGGCACCUUCACCCCCUGCCUCACCCCUCCGACAUACUCCGCCUGCCAAGGCCACCGGCCUCGAGGGGCCCAAACCCAGCGACCAGGAGACGGGAGAGCAGGUGUCCAGCCCUGGUGGUCGUCCCCCGAUCCACACCACCACCGAGGACAGUGCCGGGGUGCAGACGGAGUUCUAGGGUCUGCUGAGCUUCUGGGGACACAGCGGGAGGGCAGGACGACGUGACAUGUCUUCAGUGGGAGGCAGGCCUGGUGCUGUCUCUGGGCUAGACAGGCCCCGAGUCACUCUAUUGGGUUCGGUUAAACUUGCUCCGUUUUCUCUUCUAUGGGAUAAUUCCCCCAGGCUGGGGAGGGUUGGGGGCUCCCUUCCUAGGAAAGAGAGAAGUAGGGGUACCCUUUUGGGACCAAAGCCACCAUGAGCCACACAGGAAUGGAAAGGACAUCCUGCCCUGCUACUAUUCAGAUGCAU